AUGGGCAGCGACUACCCCAAGGAUCCUGCCUGCGGCGGUGGCGAACCCAGGGGUCCUCCCAUUGUCGGUGGAGACCCCAGAGGCCCUUCUAGUAGCGGCGGUGUACACAGGGGCCCCACAGGGGCGGCGGCGACCCCAGAGACACAAUCAGGGACGGCAGUAACCCUAGGGGCCUCUCGGGCAGCGGCGACCCCAGCCUCUCCCAGGGACGGCGGCGCCUCCAGAGGCCCUCCCAACGGUAGUGGCGACCCCACGGGCUCUCACAGGGCUAAUGCGACCUCAGGGGUGAUGGCGCCCCGAGGGGCCCUCACAGGGACGGAGGCUGCGCCCCCAUAA